AUGUCUACCGCAGCAUCAUCGAAAAUCUUGAAGACAGAACCAACUGAGUUGGAGCUCCAGGUCUCCCAAGCUCUUACUGACAUGGAAAACAACUCUCCAGAUAUCAAGGCUGAGUUGUCCGUCCUUAAAGUCAAGUCCGUUAAGGAGUUUGAGGUUUCUGGAAACAAGAAGGCCAUCAUUGUUUUUGUUCCAGUUCCAUUACUCUCUGCUUUCCACAAGGUUCAAAUCAGAUUGACCAGAGAGCUUGAGAAGAAGUUCCCAGACAGACAUGUUAUCUUCUUGGCUGAGAGAAGAAUUCUUCCAAAGCCAGCCAGAAACACCAGACAGGCUCAGAAGAGACCAAGAUCCAGAACUUUGACUGCUGUCCACGAGAAGAUUCUUGAGGAUUUGGUCUUCCCAACCGAGAUCACCGGAAAGAGAGUUAAGUAUCUCGUUGGCGGUGGUAAGGUUGCCAAGAUCUUCUUGGACUCCAAGGACUCCUCCAAUGUUGACUACAAGCUGGACACUUUCCAGUCUAUCUACCAGAAGUUGACUGGAAAGCAGGUUGUCUUUGAGAUUCCUCAGAAGGCUAUAUAA